AUGGCCGCCCCCCGCCCCCCCCGGGUGGUCCCGGGCGAAGCCUCCGAGAGCGACUCGGAGCCGGAGCUGCCGGCGGGGGGCACCGGGGGCGUCCCCGGGACGGGGCUGAAGGUACCGGGAGAAGCCUCCGAGACCGACGAGGAGGAGGAGGAGGAGGAAGAGCGGCACCGGCAGCCCCCCGAGUCCCCUCCGGUGCUGGCGGAGGAACCGGCGGCGGUCUGGGGGGGGGUGGUGGGGAGGGGUCGCGCCGGGGGGGACCCUUCGCUGCUGCAGCAGCGGCUGCGGGAGGGCUCGGGGCGGCUGCGGGGGGCGGUGGGCAGCGCCCUGCGGCUCGGUUACGGCUCCGCCGCUCGGCGGCUGCGGGGGCUGGGGGCGGCGCUGGGCCGGGCUCAGGUCUCCGCCGCCGCCGCCGCUCACUGCCUGCGCCUGGCUCGCCGGGACCUCGGCGCCGUCGCCGCCACCGUCGACAUCGUCGCCGCCUGCACCCUCCUCCCGGACAUCGGCGGCGGGCUGCCGGACCUCUGAGCGCCGCC